UUCCGGCGGUGGCCCUCGAUCUAGAGGGCGCAGUGGCGAAGAGUUGUCGCUCUUGCUGAGAGUCGUCUUUCGUAGCCGCACGUGUCCGCCGCCGCCUCUGCCUCCGCUGCAGAAAUGCUGCCGCUGCUGCGCUGCGUGCCCCGCGUCCUGGGCACCGCUGUCGCUGGCAUCCGCGCCGCCGCGACCUCCCUGCCGCUGCUGCAGCCCGCGUCUAGGCCGUGCGCCCGGCCCUUUGGGCUGCUGAGCGUGCGCGCGGGGUCGGUGCAGUUGCCCGGUCUCCUGCGGCCUUGGGGGCCCUGCGGCUGCGGCUGCGGCUGCGGCGGACUGCACACCGAAGGGGACAAAGCUUUUGUUGAAUUCCUCAAUGAUGAGAUUAAGGAGGAAAAGAAGAUACAGAAGUAUAAGUCUCUUCCCAAGAUGUCUGGAGGUUGGGCGCUGGAAGUGAAUGGGACAGAAGCCAAAUUAGUGCAGAAAGUUGCUGGAGAAAGGGUCACCGUCACUUUCAACAUUAACAACAGCAUCCCACCCGCAUAUGAUGGGGAGGAGGGGCCCUCUGAAGGGCAGAAGGUUGAAGAACAGGAGCCUGAAUUGACGUCCACUCCCAAUUUUGUGGUUGAAGUUGUAAAGGAUGGUAGCAACAAGGCCCUUGUGCUGGACUGUCACUUUCCAGAAGAUGAGAUUGGACAAGAAGAGGAGGACCAGAGUGACAUUUUCUCCAUCAAGGAAGUGAGCUUUCAGUCCACUGGCGAUUCUGACUGGAAGGACACGAAUUACACGCUCAGCACAGAUUCCCUGGACUGGGGCUUAUACGACCACCUAAUGGAUUUCCUUGCGGACCGAGGGGUGGACAACACUUUCGCUGAUGAGUUGGUAGAGCUCAGCACAGCCUUGGAGCACCAGGAGUACAUUACUUUUCUCGAAGACCUCAAAGGUUUUGUCAAAAGCCAAUAGAGAAGACGAGCUGCCAAACACCUUAAUUUUACGGCAGGCUUUGGCCAGUGAGCAGCACCUCCUCUGAAGCCAGACCCACGUGCUUUGAAAUGGUUUUCAUCCCGAUAUCAUGGAAAGUAAUUCAAUAUUAACUUAUUUCUGUUGCCACUGAUUUACCAUUUAUUCUCUACAAACCUGUUAUUUCUAGAUUUUUGUAUAACAAAAUGAUGGACAAUAAAAUCUCCAAGGUGAUUGGUCUUUUCUAUUUCUA